UGUUUUGACGUCAUGGGAUGACGUGCCCCGCCUUCUUUCAACCCCUUUGCCCCCGAGAUCUCGUGGAAGGAGUGCCUGCAUCCUCUCGCGAGAGUUUCUCAGUCGAGUGUCCGAUUCCAGGACAGCGAGAGCGAUCCGGGGGCGCUGGGGUGAGUUUGUAAACAUCCCGUUACUGCCCGACCGACACAAAUACAGGAGCGACACCCACUUUUACCCGCCAGUAAGGGCGCCGUGAGCGUCGUGAGCCGGGAUCCGAGCCGAGCUGACAAGUAAAGUGCUACUCGUUUUGGGGAGAAAAAAACAAUGGGUGAUGACCGACCCUUCGUGUGCAGCGCACCAGGAUGUGGGCAGCGGUUCACGAACGAGGACCACUUGGCCGUUCACAAACACAAACACGAGAUGACGCUGAAGUUCGGACCUGCCAGAACAGACUCUGUUAUAAUCGCUGACCAGACCCCCACGCCCACCCGCUUCCUGAAGAACUGCGAGGAGGUGGGUCUGUUCAACGAGCUGGCCAGCUCCUUCGAGCAGGAGUUCAGGAAGGCCACGGAGGACGAUGAGAGCAAGCGCGUGAAAGUCACGCCCGGGGCGCUGGGCGUGACGUUGGCUUUGACCCCAGACGUGAAGGUGAAGAAGGAGGAGUCAGUGGAGGUUGAUGACUCCUCCCCUCCAGACAGCCCCCGGUCCUUCUCCAGCAUGUCGGACAGCGAGGACGCAGAGGAGGUGCCCCCGAAGCCUGUGCUGAACUCUGCCCCCACCCCCACGAUCGUGCGGCCGGGGUCCCUGCCGCUGCACCUGGGGUACGACCCCCUGAACCCCACACUGCCCUCCCCCACCUCCGUCAUCACACAGACACCGCCCUCCAACAGGCAGCUUGGGUCACCCUCAGGCCCGUACUCAGUCCUGAUGCAGCUGCCGAAUGGACAAGCCAUGCCACUCCCGGGACCCCCUGUGCAGAUGACCUCAGUCAUAUCGCUGGCCCGGCCCAUCUCAAUGGUUCCCAAUAUCCCGGGGAUCCCUGGCCCUCCUAUGAACAGUAGCAGCGGCCCGACGUCUCCCAUUGGCAUGCACGUACCCUCCGAGGCCAAGAUGCGGCUGAAGGCUGCCCUCUCGCACCAGGUUCCCGCUUCCCUGAACGGAGCGCUGAUGAUGGGGUCAGCGAGCAGCAUGGGGCCGUCCAGACAGGAGCAGAGCCAGCUGCUGGUGCAGCAACCGGAUGCACCCUCCCCGGUACAGCCACAGGUGUCCCCAGCCCAGCCCACGGGAGGGAGGCGGCGCCGGACCGCGGAGGAUGACCCAGACGAGCGGAGGCAGCGCUUCUUGGAGCGGAACCGGGCCGCGGCCUCGCGCUGCCGCCAGAAACGCAAAGUCUGGGUGAACUCUCUGGAGAAGAAGGCAGAGGAGCUGUCCGGCAUGAACGUGCAGCUCUCCAACGAAGUGUCACUGUUGAGAAACGAAGUGUCUCAUCUGAAGCAGCUCCUGCUGGCCCACAAAGAUUGCCCUGUCACCACCCUGCAGAAGAAAGUCUACAUGGGAGGAGAGGAGAGCCCGAAGGACAUGACGGAGCCCACGGCGUCCCCCGCCCCCGUCAUCCAGCACAGCUCCAUGAGCCCCCACGCCCCCAACGGCAUGAGCACCCGCGAGGCGGCCGAGGCUCUCGCCAUGUCCGUGCUGGCAGGCAUGGGCAACGCCCCUCGCCCCGCCCACGUCAUCAUGGCCCCACAGUCCCAGUCUGCCGGCAGAUGAUGGUGAAGAAGUGAAGGGAGCCCUAGAAGUAACCGACACAGCGAGAGACUGAGGGGGGAGG